CGACACGAGACGCCAGAUACCCAUCGUCGACCUUUGGUAUUACGAUUUCUACGGCAACAUAUCCGAAUCUCAACGCCGAGUUAUGCGCUGGGGGAGGGACUAUAGUUGCUAAAUAUGAAGAGAGUAAGAUUAGAACGGUUAUCGAGCCAAUUGCUGGCUGCCCCUCCAGCACGAACCAUAUCGGCAUCUAGAUUCGCCAGUAGAGCACCGCGAGCAUCGACCUCGUCACCCCGCCUCCGCACGACAGCAUGUCUCCAGAUACGAUGCCAGUCGACGACAGUUUCGCCCGAUCUUAUUUACGAAGAUGAGUUCAUACAAGAAGACCCCGAGGAAGUUGACCCGCGGACACUGCCUCUUCCGUCACCGCCCCCUUCUCGAGCGCAAUAUUCCGCAAAGCUGGCAGCGCUGCACGCCCGUCUCUCGUUAUCUCCCAGACUACCGUUAGAAACAUUGGCUCGCGCCCUCAUCGACCCGUCCGCCGAUUCAAACACCAAGUUCAACAACACAAACCUGGCCUACCUGGGCGCCAGUCUCCUCCAAUAUCACACCUCCGAGUUCCUAGUCACGAGAUACCCACGUCUCCCUCUCGCCAUCACAUUCGCCGCCAUGAAGGGCUACGCAGGCCCCGAGGUUUUACAAAGGGUCGCUCGCGCGUGGGGUGUGGAAGCUGCAGCCGCACCAGGAGAGGAGGUCGACCCUGGUUACCUACAGUUCGACCCUUUGAGGCCUACGGUAGAGAUGAAGAAAGGAGGCUACGUGCGAGCCGAAAGCGCCGAAAUCGCCCGGUUCAAGUGGCGACGCGGUAUGAGCAGCCGUGUCACGUACGACAACGCCUUCGGCGAGAUGGUGCCGGGCCAGGCGUCCGUGUCCAACAUGCACAUGGCCGCGGUGAGCAACGAGCACAAUGAACGGGAAAAGAUAUUGAGGGACGCAGCACAGAAUGCACAUGCCAACUUUGUGCGGGCCGUCGUGGGCGCCAUCUACCUGCACUGCGGCCGGGAAAACGCAAAGAGCUUUGUGAAGUCGCACUUCCUGUCGCGCACGCUCGACCUGUCCAAUUUGUUCGAGUUCAAGGUGCCCACGAGGGAGCUGGCACGACUGUGCGCACGCGAGGACUUUGAGGCGCCCGUGGCAAGAUUGGAGAGCGAGACGGGUCGCAUGAGUAGGACGCCCGUGUUCGUUGUGGGCAUUUACAGCGGAAAGGACAAGUUAGGGGAGGGAGCUGGGUCGAGUCUGGACGAGGCGAGGGUCAUUGCCGCCCAGAAUGCGCUCAAGUCUUGGUACCUGUACAGCCCUGGUGAAGUGGCCCUGCCGAGUGAUACCUUUGCCGAGGAUGCGGCGCCGUGGAAGCCUGUGUAUAUCGACAUUGGAGAGAUUAUCUCGUAGUCAAUGAAGACUGGAGAAGAGGAAGGAGGUCACGGGGAGAUGGACAUAAGAACUGUCUAUCUGUGUACGAGGAUCUAUCAAUCUCUGCAAAGGAGAGUGUACAAUUGUGCGACAUGGCCACGGCUGGACAGAAGAAUUUGGUCUGGCACAUGUCUGUUUGUCCCUCAUCAAAAGUCAAACCGAAAUGUACCAUAACACACAAGAAAGGGAGGGCAUGUAGAACAUAAAAGUAGAGAAACCCGCUCCACGAAAUGAGUGUACA